UAUUGUGAUCGGGUAUUAUUUUCCUUAGUGUAUAAAAUUUUUAAUAAAAAAAAAUGAUAGGGUGGGGUUCACAUGAGAAAAACUUUUAAGUGUAUGCAUCAUGUUGGGAUUUAGAAUCAACAUAGGCCCCCCCAAUCAAGUGGCUGAAUUUUGUCAACAUUGGAACUAGGGGACUUUCACACAAGCCAUCUGUGAUGAUGCAUGCCAUUGAAUCCUCUGCAUCUCGCCAUUUAAAAGGGCCCCCACUUUCAAUGCCUGCAUUCAUUCUUUCCUUUGUUCAAAGCUCACGGUUUCUUGACCCCUCCUCCCAUGGCUCAGAAGGUGGUGUUGAAGGUCAUGACCAUGAGUGAUGACAAGACCAAGCAGAAAGCCAUGGAAGCUGCAGCUGAUAUUUAUGGAGUUGAUUCAAUUGCUGCUGAUAUGAAGGAGCAGAAGCUAACUGUAAUUGGAGUGAUGGAUGCAGUUGCAGUGGUGAAGAAACUGAAGAAAGUAGGCAAAGUCGACAUAAUAUCAGUUGGGCCAGCCAAAGAGGAGAAGAAAGAGGAGAAGAAAGAAGAGAAGAAGGAAGAGAAAAAGGAAGAAAAGAAAGAGGAAAAGAAAGAAGACAAGAAAGAAGAGAAAAAGGAUGAGAAAAAAUAAAACCAAUUUUCAAAAAAACAAGAAUUUCUUCUUCCUUUUUCCCCCCAAAUAAGUAUAUACAUAUAUAUACAGUAUAUUCCUGGCACAAGGUACAAGCUGCAAAGCAGCCAGAUGGGUAAGAGCCAUUUUUGCAUAGAAAUUUUCCUUCAAAUUUUCUCAUUGUACCCAUUAUUACUACUAUAAUCUUAGUAGAAUAAACAGAUGUGAUUUAGACCUA